UUCAGAACACAGUUUUUUGUUUAACGACAGGUGGUGGAACUGACGCAGGUGAACCUGAACGUACCACACGGAUAUCCAGCGUCUGCCGGAAGUAAACAAUCCUCAGCUGACGUGGAGCAUACGCCGUCAGACUAAGUCACAGAACAGGAUUUAAACUCACCAGUAACUGCUGCUCUGUCUGUUUUUUUCUUUUAAAGAAGUUAAAUGAAGUUUUCUGACUAAUCUCCCAGAAGCUCUGACGACGUUUUCACAAAGCUUCUCAGCGAGGUAAGAUGGCGGCAUCGGAGGAGGCCAGCAGAUCGUUCGCCGGGCUGUCAGACGUUUCCAUCUCGGAGGACAUUCCGGUGGAAGGGGACAUCUCGGUGCCCGUCGGCCCCUCCAGAAGAGAUGAUGAAUUCUCCACUCUGGACGAACCGGUUAAGGACACCAUCAUGAGGGACCUGCGGGCGGUGGGGAACAAGUUCAUCCACGUCCUCUACCCGAAGCGGAACUCGGCUCUGCUGCGGGACUGGGACCUGUGGGGCCCGCUGCUGCUUUGCGUGACGCUGGCUCUGCUGCUGCAGGGCGGUGCGGCCGACCACGAGGACCAGGGAGGACCGCAGUUCGCUGAGGUCUUUGUCAUCGUGUGGUUUGGCUCCAUGAUCAUCACCCUCAACACCAAGCUGCUGGGUGGCACCAUCUCUAUCUUCCAGAGCCUGUGCGUGUUGGGAUAUUGCAUCAUGCCUCUUACAGUGGCCAUGGUUGUGUGUAGGAUUGUCCUGCUCUUCAGCUCCGAGGGGGUGAUCACAUUCGCAGUGCAGCUGGCGGUGGUAGUGGCGUCCUUCGGCUGGUCGACUUUCGCGUCCACAGCCUUCCUCGCCGACAGCCAGCCUCCCAACCGCAAGGCACUGGUGGUGUACCCGGUGUUCCUCUUCUACUUUGUGAUUGCGUGGAUGAUCUUGACAUACUUGCUGCAACAGGUUUUCUCGAAACGUACACAACCGUAGACGGAUACCAGAAUCUGCCUUUGAACAAAGAUGAACAACUACUGAACUGACUGUGAGCAAUUCUGAAACAGCAUUUAGACACGAAGGACACCAAAUUUAGGACUCUUUCAGGAGUAGUGGGGAAUGUUGGGCUGCAGAGUGGAAAAGCUGAUGAAUAUGUUCUUAUUUUUCCAGUUUGUCUCGCUGAUGUGUUUAUGUUGUGUAAAAAGAAAAAACGUGUAUGUGGAAAUACUUCAUGAAUGUUUGGACUACCAGGGCUACAAUGGUUAGUUUUCUUUCUCUCUUGAUCUCUCUGGGUGUGAUCGAAAUCUCCUGUCUUAAGAACAUGGACAGCACACAUUUUCACACUAAAUUCAUUUUUAACAACAUUUAGCUGAUCUGAUUAUGCAGCUUGACUAAUUCCUUCACUAAGUCUUCUUUUUAUUUUUGUAUUUUGUUGGGUUUUGUCUCAGUGGACAGUGGAGAGGUGACAUGGAUGAUUAUAGGUAGACUGGUUUGAGCUUUUUGUGUUUUUCCAUCAAUAUUUUCUCUUUGAAACCGUGCAAAGCAAACCAUAAAAAUGCCUGAUUCGGCGUUAUUACUGACAGUUACAGUGAGUUAAGGAUACAGUUAUUUAACAGUUGAGUAAAAGUGAUAGACAGGGGUUUAUCAGCUAUAAAUAAAGACAACUAUAUGAUAAAAUCUCUGCCCAUGUCUUAGAUUUUUUAGUAGUAAGCAGGUAUUUCCUGUGAAACAGGCAUGAUGAUAAGUGUGGAAGACCAUGUAUGCCAAUAGAAAAGAAGUUGCUGUAAACCUAAGUGAAAUAAUAAAAUAAUUAAUUUACUUCACUCAAAUAAUUCAAGUAAAAAUUUUAAGAAAUUAUAAAAAGUGUUAAGAGAGAAAAAUAUAACCAUUUGAAAUGUAGAGAAUCAUAAUUUCAUCCAAUUUUUCUUAAAAUAUGUUUUUAAUCAGAUUUUCUCUAUUUAAUAAAAAUAGCAAAUUCAAAAUCGUUAGGCAAACAAACUUAAAAACAACAACCCUGAAUUAAUUUUUUUUUAGAUUUUCUGUGUGAUGUUUCAUACAACAUGUGAAUUAAACUCCAUCUAGCUGCCUAAAGAUAUGAAACACUGGUAAGAAAACUAUUUCAUUGCUGCUCUUCACUGACUACUCCUCAUCUCCAUUCCCCCAAAUUCUCAGAGAAACAGAAAAAAAGACAUGAUAAUUUCAUUUGGAAAAAAUAAGCACCAAGAUGACAACAAACUGGGGAAUUGAAAGGAGAUUUAAGUUGCCAAAAGACACUGUGUUGAAAGCUGACAGCAGGUUUCUUGAGUAAUGACCCUGCAUCAGUGUGGAAAAGCCUGCAGGACUACAGGAAACCAUCCCCCUCCAGCCAAGAACUUUAGAACAUGUUCUAAUGCACUUUUAAAAGGGACACAUUCCUGCCCUUAUCCACACACUACCCCACCUCAGGUCAGAAUACGCCUCUGUUAGACUUGAUUUAGACUUCUACAGGAAACGUAUGUCCUCACUUACGACAUAACCACAAACUCCUGUAACCCCACACCGCAACCUUCCACGCCAUUUAAGUCAUUUCAGGCUGCAUUGACCUGACAUGUAGCUACACUUUAUGCCCAGAGAGAGUUUUGCCAUUUCAUUUUAAAGUAUGUUGUAACAAAAGGGUGUUACAGACCCAGUACAACACACACACACACACACACACACACAGCCUGUGUUUGCAGGGAAGUGAUGAUUUAUUUUUCAGUGUGAUUACACCACAAAAACUCCUGCUCUUGCUCAUGACAGUGUUCCAGCUGUCGCGUCCCUACUGAAAUAGGGAGAGCAUGAUUAGCAAAUAGUUCCCAGCUGCCCUGCCAGCCUCCCUGUCACCCCCCCUCCUCUGCAGCAGAGCCACAGACCUCACCCCUCCACAUCUGUGUUGACCUGCUGGCUUCUAUCUACAUUUUUCAACCCUGUCAAACGCCAUCAUGCUUUCAAAGGUCCAUCUAAAUUCCAGUCCCCAAAAAACACUCCAUCAUAGCAUUAAAUAACUACAGGCUUGCAUCACUGACAUUUGUAGUCAUGCAGGCCUAUGAACAUCUGGCACUGACCCAUCUGAGGAGCAUCACAGGACACCACCUGGAUCGACCGGUAUUUGGUUACCGGGCAAACAGAUGGGGGAUUUAUGAUUCUGUGUUAAAUGAAGCAUGUAGAUACACUGUAACCAGCCUGCUGUUGAUUUCUUCUGUGCAUUUCAAUAUACUUUUUCACCAGUUUUUUAAUUUAUCAGUGAGCGAAUAACAAUCAUCGCCUCAGUAUAAUAAUAUUCAUAGCCUUAAUAUAAGGACUUGUAAUCAGCAAGUAGAGGGAGUUUAAUGAAACUAUCGCUACUGACCUGAGAGAAAGUGCACCUGUAAAAAUUUGAGGGACGAAUGAGUCCAGGAGGGAGCUUUGAAUUAAUGAAAUGAAUGUUUGUGAUGCCAAUACAUGAAUUCUGAACUUAUGAAUAUGGUGGAAACAAACUAGGGAGAGAGUUGUGAUGUGAAUGUGCUUUUAUUAUUAAGGACAUGUUACAUGUAAAAUAGGGACAGCAUUGUAUUAAUUUGUAAACAAAAAUAACAUCUUUUCCACAGUACUGUUCCUCAUCUGCAGUACUGUGGGGUCCAAAUGAUGUUUGCUACCAAAGCAAACAGGCUGCAAGUGACUAAAUACAAAAAGAUAAUUAGAAUGUAUCCAUAUACAUUGAGUCACAGGCUGAAAGGCUUCUGAUAUAUGGGGUUGUGAUGAUGAUGAGGAGGAAGGACGCUGUUUCUUAUAACAGCAGUACAUUCAGAAGUGAGCCUCUUCCCUGCAUCUCCUGCUUUACCUUGUAAAACCUCUGAAGACUUUUGAUGAUGACCCUCUCUUCUCCUGUGGUAUCAUUAAAUAUGGACGGCACUCUUAGACAUCCUGCAAUAAUUUCAUACUGUUCUGAUGAGAGUGUGGCAAUGUCAGUGUGUAAGUCUGCCAAAGCUACUUUUACACAUUCCCUGAGGUCAUGAACACGUCGGCGCAUUAUGCUAUGUGCUGUUCUAGCAUGUAUCCACCUCUUGAAUUAGCUUCAGUGCUAGCUGGUCCAUUUGCUCCAGCACUUGUGUCAGCCUCCUCUAUAAAAUUAGAACAAAAAGUGAUUAUUUCCAGUGUCAUUGCAGCAGCAACCUAAACAACAUGGUGUCGUUUAGAAUAUAAAAAUAAAAUAAGUAAAAUGAUGUUUCCAGUGGAAAGUGCUCUUGAAAUAGCCCACUGUCUUCCUACAGUUUGCCCAGAUGUCAGACAACACAGUUAUAUGGUCAGGAACCCUUUUUGUGUCAAUUUAAACUUUGCGCCACACAAUUUGUACCACGCACAUCAGUCACAAGGCAAUUAAAAGUGUGUGUAAUACCCCAUUCGGACACAAGUGCUGCUUUUAUUUUUGCUAAAUUUCAGCAGCAUGUGCUGCAGGGAAAACAGAAUGCAAAGAGCUGCUUGCGUGUAUAAAAUGGCAUGUCACAGCUAGAUACGCAUCAGUGUUGAUAGGGGUCCACAUAUCUGAUGAACUAACUGCAGAUGCCUUGGACACAAUGACCUUGGCUUUCUCUUUGGAUAUGUGUGUCCUCCACCAUAGUUUUCAGAGAAAAUGGGGAAAAGCCACGUCAUUGUUAUCCCCUGAUGAGGAAAGAAAAAGGCAAUAUUCAAUUACAG